AUGUCCGAAUUUUUGAAAAACAAUCCGACGGCUCUUCGCGCGUGUAUUUUCUACGAGUAUCGCCGCACCAAAAACGUCGAAGAGGCAUUUAAAAACUUCUGUGAGGCAAUCGGAGACGAUGUGAUUGAAUACGUGGAUUUCGAGUACUGGUUUUAUCGAUUUUAUCACGGAAAUCUGGAUUUCGAUCAUGAUAGAAGUGCCGAUCCGAAGACGCUCAUUCUCACCGAUUUGCCAACAGAAAUGCUCAAUGAGAUCAUUGGAAAUUUGGAUAUUCGGAAAAGCGAUUUGCGACAAAGAAUGUCCGAAAUUCUGAAAAACAAUCCAACGGUUCUUCGCGCUUGUAUUUUCUACGAGUUUCUUCGUGAGAAAAACGUCGAGGAGGCUUACAAGAACUUCUGUAAAACAGUCGGAGACGAUGUUAUUGAUUAUUCGGAUCAGGAGUCGGGAGGUGGAUCAAAAGCGAAGUCCAAGGCUGGAGUCAAGAAAGCCAAAGUCAUGGCCGCUCCCGAAGACUUCGAGGAGAGGUUCUUCAAAUUGGUAGAAAGUGAUAGAUUCCUAAAGGCGUUGUCUAAGACGUUUCGUGAGUUAAUGGAUGAUAGGGUGAAGAAACUGGAGACGGAGCUUGAUUGUCAAAAUGUUAAGUUGAAAACUUUGGAGGAAGAGGUUAAGAAACUUGAUGAGAAGGUGAAGUUACUGGUGAAGGAGAGUUCGGAGAAGGCGGGCGGUGAGAAGAUGACGGAUAAAUUGGUCGAUUCUAAUGAUGUGGAGAGACGGCGGUCGGUGGUAUUCUCGGGAAUACCAGAGUUUGGAAGAUCGGAGAGAGAAAGGUGGUCCUGGGAUCACCAUUGUAUGUCGAAGUUGCUGGCGUUCAUGGAUAUCGGUCCACCGGCAACAACGAUCUAUAGACUUGGGAAGCCGAGGACUGGAGGAAGCAGAUUGAUGAAAGUGGUAUUCGCGAACUCGAUGACGCAGCAAAUGUAUGUAAGGAACCCCACCAGAGGGGCUAAUAUUCUUGAUCUCGUAUUCUCAAACUUCCCAAUUCAAAACGUAACCGUCUCAGCUCCUAUUGGUCGCAGCGACCACUCAAAGAUAGAAUUCAAGUAUGAUCUUCUCUAUAAACCCCCUUCUCCAUCCAUCAGCUAUCCGGAUUAUAAGAACAUCAGUUACGGUACUCUAUCACAAAUGCUCAGUAAUGUAGAUUGGACUCUAAUUUUUGGGGUUUCGGAUGUAAACGAUAAAUACAAUAAUUUUAUUACGUAUUUGAAAUUCAAUGUCCGAAAAGUUUCGAGAAAGUUCGAGGAAGUUGUCGACAGGUUCAAGUCGGAGUAUGACGAUAUUACCAUCGAAAUUCAGAAUCAAGUGCAUUUUGAGCUUGACGAUUAUUCCGUUUAUUACGAGAAGCGGAGGAAUGAUUGCUUCGUUCAAAUCAAUAACGCCUUCGCCAGGCAUUUGAACAUUGGAUUGAGUGCACUAUCGGCAAUGCUGACUAACUCGAGAUCUUCUAUCGACUGUUUCCGUUUUUCAAUUUAUAGUUCCCAUAUCAUGCCGAAAUUCAUCGAAUCACUUUCCAAAGAAGUCAGUCCACUAUUUUAUGCAAAACGUGUUGAGCUAUGCGGUGCUUAUAUUAUCCCAACUCUAUCGAUGUUCAAAUCUGGAGUACUCGAACACCUUCAACUGAGUGAUGUCGGAAUUGACGACGAUACUAUCAAUAAACUUGUCGAAAUGGAUCAAUUCAAACAAUUAAAAUCAAUUGGAUGUUAUGUCUAUGAUCCGAUUUCUCUCUCACAAUUCAAGCGAUUGUCUCAUUUGUCCGCAUUUGAAGUUCGCAUGGACCGUGUUUCAGCAGAAGAGAUUGUUAUCAUUCGAGAUAUUCUCACACAGUUCGUCAAUCUAAGAAGUGGCCACAUUUCACUGUGCAGUUUCAUGAAACUCUCUGAAAUUGGAACAGCUCUCGGAAUCGAUUAUGACAACUCCGGACUACUCACUUAUUGUCAUCCGAUUUCGAAUAGUGAUAAAUCUCUCAUUUUUUACAUUGGCCGUUGCAGUAUCGAAGUGACUAUCAAAAAUAAUUAG